GGUUCGCUUUUAUUUUAUAUAGUAAAACAUAAUAAAGGAAUAUAACUUCUAACAGGUUUUAGUGUCUUGGGUCAACAAGACAACAAAAAAGUUUAAUGAAAUAAAAGAAAGUAAACAUUUUUUCAAUGAAAAUGUAAUGAAAAUUACACCAACCUUGACAUCACUUGAAGAUAGACUUCUUUUUGUCCAAAAAAAGGAAUCGAUUAGAGGAGAUGGUGUCACACAGGAGAUAGGCUUAGAUAGUGAUCCUGAAUUUAAUAAUGUUAGUCUUGAACCUCGACGACGAAAACGUAAAUUCUUAACACUUCAAAAAUCACCAAGAAUAGUUGUUAAAAAUCAAUUAAAUGAACCCAUCUGUGUUUCUUCUGACGAAGAAUUUGACUCUGAAAGUUUUCAACUGAUGCCUAUAGACAAGGCGGGACAAGAUGUACAAUAUGAAGAAAAUGUUCAGUAUCCAGCCUACAGGAGGCGCAAAUCGCAUCGAGGCUGA